CUUACCAAAACCUGAAUGAGUUUAGAGGUCACUUUAUGAUUUAAAAUGCUUGGGGAAGUAGCUAUUUAGAGAGCCCAAAAAACCCUGUAAACAUAUUUUGGGUCAGCAUUUGUUUCUUUUUUUCUCUCAUCAAUCUAUCAAAAGAAAAGAGGUCAGUCGUGCUAUGGAAAUUCUCGACAAGCAGACAAAGUGGACAGAGUGCGUUUCAUCAGCAAUGAGACACAGCUUCUGCAAGUGCCUCAAGAGUGCUUUUCUUUUUCUCUUUCUAGUUUUCUACCCCUUUAACUCUCUGUCAGGCCUUGAUCCAAUGGAAAUGUGUCUCUCUUUUUGGCCUCUCAAAAUGAAAACCCUUUUCCUCUUUCAAACAACCGCGUGCUGAAUUGUGAUAACGUCAUCCACCUUGUCCAUUUGUCCAUUCAGCUUUCUGUCAAAGAAUAACUCAAAAAAUCCAUACUCAAAUGUGUUUAUAUAGUAACAGUUUCUUCGAUUAAUUUAUAUUAGAUUUUGAAAAGUAAUUUUUGUUUGUUUCAACCCUUUUAGUAAAACUUUCUCAUCUCGAGUUUGUAUUCUAGAACCCCCUCUUUUUUUUUAAUGUAAUUGUUAAUAAUUUAGUAAUGGAAACCCCGUUCUUGAUGCAUCAUUUCCACCAUUCACCAACACAAGACACCAUCAUUAGCUCAAACCUCUAGUUGUCCGUUUCUUGAGAGAGCUGCACCACAAACAGAGAGAGAGGGCUAAGUUCCAUCUUCUCUUGGUUUUCAUCAACAAAACCAAACUCUCAUGAUUCCCUUAUAAAAAAUCAUUGUCUAUGCAAAUAAUGGGUUUUCUUCUCUAAACAGAGAGGUAAAACUGGCCGGGGGACGGGGCACCAACAGAUAUGAUGGAGUCAAUGGAGUCAUGUGUCCCACCUGGGUUCCGGUUCCACCCCACAGACGAAGAGCUUGUUGGGUAUUACCUGAGGAAGAAGGUUGCAUCACAGAAGAUUGAUCUUGAUGUUAUCAGAGACAUUGAUCUCUACAGGAUAGAACCAUGGGAUCUUCAAGAGAGAUGCCGGAUCGGAUAUGAGGAGCAAAACGAGUGGUAUUUCUUCAGCCACAAAGAUAAGAAGUACCCUACGGGGACGAGAACUAACAGGGCAACCAUGGCUGGUUUCUGGAAAGCAACCGGUCGAGACAAGGCAGUGUACGAUAAAUCGAAGCUGAUUGGCAUGAGGAAGACUCUUGUUUUCUACAAAGGAAGAGCUCCAAAUGGACAGAAAACUGACUGGAUCAUGCAUGAAUACAGGCUUGAAUCCGACGAGAAUGGUCCUCCACAGGAGGAGGGAUGGGUCGUUUGCCGGGCGUUCAAGAAGAGAACCAGUGGCAAUGGCCAAAGCAAGAGCAUCGAAGGGUGGGACUCGAGCUACUUCUACGAUGAACCAAGUGGUGUCAGCUCCGUGGUUGAUCCAAUCGAUUACAUCUCGAGGCAACCCCAGAGCUUUUUACCCCAAAGUUUCUUGUGUAAGCAAGAAACAGAGGCAGAUAAUCUAAACUUCAUCCACUCUGAUCAGUUCGUACAGCUUCCUCAGCUAGAGAGCCCAUCUCUGCCAUUAAUAAAGCGGCCAAGCUCGAUAUCUCUAAUAUCAGAGAAUACCAGCUAUGAAGAAGAAGAGCAGAACCGAAUGUGCAACACCACCAACAAAGUGACUGACUGGAGAGCCCUUGACAAGUUCGUUGCUUCCCAGCUGAGCCAAGAAGACAGAUAUGAUGGUGAAGGGGUUCCAAGCUUUGAAGCCAAUAAUAACUCAGACAUGGCAUUGCUGUUAUUACAGAGCAGUGGUAGAGAAGAAGGGAACAAGUUGAACGAGUUCUUGAAUUCAAGUUCAGAUUGUGAUAUUGGAAUAUGCAUAUUUGAUAAAUAAAGAAUUAACAAAUAUGGAGAUGAAGAAGCUUUUAUUGCUUAGUAUUAUAAAACGUUUGAUGCAAAAUGAGACAUAUUUUUGUAAAAAUAUGUUUGUGAUAUUAAUGAAGAAUCCCUCUCUCUC